AUGAGAUGGAGAGAAAUGAGGUCUGAAAAGGACCAAAUGACCGUGGGCAAGGAGAAAAGCGUCGUUGAGAUACAAUUUAGAGACAUCCCGAGAGAACAGGAAAACAUCCCUGGCAACUUCAAGCCGAAAGAAGAGAAGAAAGAGGUUUUUACUAAGGUGGUGAUUCGAAGGCUUCCACCUAACCUGUCAAAAGACCAGCUAGAGGAACAGCUCAGUCCGCUUCCAUCCUAUGACUAUUUUGAGUUCUUUCCCGCUGAUCAAAGUCUUUCUCCCCAUUUGUUCUCCAGAGCAUAUAUCAAUUUUAAAAACAAUGAAGAUAUCCUUCUGUUCAGGGACCGAUUUGAUGGCUACGUCUUCAUUGACAACAAGGGCCAAGAAUAUCCUGCAGUGGUGGAGUUUGCUCCCUUCCAGAAAAUCUCAAAGAAGAAGUUAAAAAAGAAAGAUGCCAAAUCCGGGAGCAUUGAAGAAGACCCAGAGUAUAAGCGGUUCUUGGAGAAUUACUCCUGUGAUGAAGAGAAGUCAAUGGCCAACCCUGAGACUCUGCUAGGAGAGAUAGAGGCCAAGACCAGAGAGCUUAUAGCCAAACGGACAACACCACUGUUGGAGUACAUUAAAAAUAAGAAAAUUGAGAAACAGAGAAUAAGAGAGGAGAAGAGAGAAGAGAGGAGAAGAAGAGAGCUUGAAAAGAAACGGCAAAGGGAGGAUGAGAAGAGAAAGCGACGAGAGGAGGAGAGACGCAAACGAAAAGAGGCAGAUAAGCAGAAGAAAUUGUCUGAUAAAGACAUUAAAAUUAAGCUCCUGAAGAAGAGUGACAGGGACGAUGACGUGGACUCAGACCGAAUGAAGGACAAAAGUGACAUCGGGGAGACAGACAGAGGCAAAUGGGAGAAAGCUGGAGGACAAACAAAGUCGAAGGACCCCAAAGAAAAAAGUCUGCCUGAAAGUGAAAAGGAGCAGAGAGAGCAGCACGGUCGCAGACAAAGAGAUAAGGAUCACCGUGGGAAAGAUGAAGAGAGGAAACGACAGCGACACCAUUAUGAGUUUGACAAGUUUAUGCGCCGCAAAGAUGAGACCAAAUGGGGGAAAGGCUACUGCCAGGACAGAGCCAAGAAAGAGGGGCACCAUCAUGGCUAUUCUUACUGUCCUGACAUUGGAGACAAACUAGGAAAGGAGGACAGGGAGGACCUGGGUAACAGGAAGGAACGCCUCCGAAACAAGGACCGUCCAGCCAUGCAGCUCUAUCAGCCAGGCGCACGCAACAGGAAGCGCAUGAGCUCAGCAGGCAAAGGCUAUGACUGCAUCCCCUCACCUGAAUCCGGGACCGAGCAUUGCUAUGAGGCUGUCACUAUGGCGACGGGGCUGGAGAAGGGGUUCGAGAAAAGCAAAGAUGAACAGUGAGCAGUCUGGAUGUUUAUCGAAAAUACAAAUAAAUGAUUCAGCUUAAAUUGAUGGUGGGUGACAGGUUUGACAGUUUAUCAUUGAGCUUUUAAAAAAGAAAGAAAACUGUCUUUUAGUCAUUUUCAUCUGUACUGGAUGGAACCGAUUUCAGAACGUUGAAUGUUGUUAAGGUUUUUGUUUUGCUGGAGCAUGAACGUUUUAAGUACACACUAAAUAUGUUACUUGUCUCACUGUUUAAUACUCAAAGAAUCCUUGGAAUGAACCGUGCGAGACUAAGAAUAGGGGCAAACAAUAAUAGUUAGCUUUAUGACAGCACAACAGUCAGUGUCAGACAGUGCAGUGUCAUUCCUUUUGGUCAUCGUCUUUUGGAAGUGUGUCCCUGUCAGAGGCAGCUCACCUGUACAAUGUUCUGGUGAAACCAUGACCUCAUCCUCUGCAACCGGUCUUGUUACUAAGCCUUUGUAGACUCUGCUGAACCUGGAUGUUUUUAAUAAUCAAAUAGAUUUUAUUAAAAUGAAAUAUAAUGUAAG